AAAAGACCAAAUACCAAUAGUUGAAGUUGAAAGGGCUCUAAAGAAACUCAACAGUUACUUAGAGUUGAAGCACCUUAGUUACUCCUCACUCUAGUCUCUAUAUAUACACAUAACUUCAUCCUUAAAUUAACAACUACAUUUCAUAUAGCAAGAAAUUAAUAUAAUGAGUGUUAAUAUGAAUAUGAUCAAGGUUGGCCCGGCAGGAGAACAAUGGGGAACUGCUUGGGAAGAAAAGGGAAAAGGCGAAAUAGCCAAGAUUUUUGUUUCCUACAGUGAAUAUGACAUUUCUUCACUUCAAUUCCUGUUCGGUGAGAAUGGCCACUUUGUUUUGUCUGACAGACAUGGUUCUGCUAGACCAAGCAUAUACUUCACCACAGUUGCCUUGGAUUUCCCAUCAGAAUUUCUUACUUCUAUAAGAGGUUUCUGCCUUCACAAUAAUCUAGGUGAUUUAAGAUCAAUAACAUUUGUCACCAACAAGCGUACCUAUGGACCAUAUGGCCAAAUGGCCACUUCAUCAAGCUUGAAGGAAUUCUUCUUUCAACUAGGAGUUGACCGUUGCUUUGGUGGAUUUCACGGUACGGAAACUGAUAAUUGCAUUACCAGUAUUGGUGUCUAUGUGAAGGCCAUCACAUCCUCCAUGAUCACACCCACAAACUCUCAAGUAAGAGUUACCCGUCGAGUAGCGGUUAAAAGCGAAGAAGAUUAAAUCAAAAUAUUUUCUAUCUUGAAAAGUUCCAAUGUUGGACUAGUUACUAGUAUUUCUUUAUGCUUGUAUCCAAAAAUCCUUGAAUGAAGAUUGAAAGCGGAGAAGACUAAUUUAAAAUAUGUUCUUCUA